CAAGACUAGAGGUGUGCUAUUUGAACCUGCUGGUAGAUAGAUAAGUAGAAGAGUACAGGGGUUUGCCUGAUGUUUGGCACUACUGCUGUGAACUCUGCUUGUAUCUGGAGAUAUUUACAUGUAUGAAAUGUGGUGUGUUCUUGUGUUUUCAGUGCUUAUUGGCCAUAGUUGGGCCGGAAUGGUUAAUACCCCAAUAACGACCAAACUAAAAACAGGUGAGGUUGCAUACAAGAUCAAGAAAGUGGAUGUGGAUCGUUACGACUUUGAUGUGACUGAUGGCCAGUAUGUUUGGAAGGCGAGCACGUCCAAGUCUGUGGAUGACAUGACUUCGUGUUUCCUCUACCUCCAUCCCAGCAAGGCCCAGCAGCUUGUGCAGGAUGGGGAAGCCAAUAGGGAGACUGUUGGCCAGAAGAAGAUCAAGCAAAUGAAGAAAAAGUGUCGGGAGUACCAGACGAGUGCACGUCGUGCCACCAGCGCUGAUGACCAUGAUACUUUCAACCAUGACCUUGCCAAGACUAUGCCAUUCAAGGGUGACUUUGAGACGGGAGCACCAAGUGGCGCAGGCAGUCACUUUGCCAUCUACCCAGGCACCAAAUGGUGUGGCUUCCAGAAUGUUGCAAGCAACAUGCAGGACCUUGGUGUCCACAACCAGACAGACGCAUGCUGUCGUACCCAUGACCACUGUCCCUUCUACAUUGACCGGUUUGAGACGAAGUACCACUACUACAACAAAUACCCGUGGACCGUGAGCCACUGUGACUGUGACCAACACCUCUUUGACUGUUUCAAGAAAGUUAACAACCCGACGUCCAAUGAAGUGGGGAAGCUGUUUUUCGGUCUGCUGGACGUUCAGUGCUUCACCUUCCAAGUGGGGGAGUAUUGCUCCAACGAGUCGUCCGUCCUCUCUCACCUCUGGUGCUCCAAGACGAAGGGCAUGAAGGCUGUCAUGAAACAGUUCCCGCACAAGUGGGCUGACAAUGGCACCGAUGACAGCAACUCCGCCAGCGACCUAGUCGGUUAAUGUUGGUUUCUGCAGCAUAGCUCUUGUCAGGCUUACCAAGCUUUGAUCUUAAUAUUGCUUUGUACAGAGGGUUUCACAGUUGUAUAAACAUGCCCUUCUCUAAGAAACCUUGUAUAACAACUAAAUAGUAGAAUUGAUUAUAUUUACACUAGGUAUUUUCAUACAAUUUUUCCUAUCAAAAUUAAUCCUUCAUUACAUUGUUCUUGAUUUGAAGUAAGGCAUAACCUCAACAUGUUGAAUUUUGUGAAACCCUUUAGAAUGAGUUUUACAACUUGUAUGUAGAAAAGUGAUAUCCCAAAUAAAAUGUAAAAAAAUU